CGGUCCGGUUCAGUUUCCAAAAAAUCUGACUGGAGAAGGAGUAAAUAAAGAAGCUUCCUCUCACUUGUAAUUUCUUCUUUAUCUCUCUCUCUCUAAAAUGGAGAUCUUGCGAUUGCAAAAUAACGCCGGUGGCCGGAAAAGCACUGAUUCAAGUUCGCCGGAGUUCGAUUUCUGGAGACAACAAAAUCCUUCUUUCAAUCAACCCAAUAUCCUCUCCGCCGACGAACUUUUCGUCGACGGCGUUCUCCUUCCACUUCAUCUCCUCCACUUACAUCGUUCCGACGAACCACCGGAAAACCCACCUCCAGAACAAGAAAAAAUCUCACCUUUAUCAGAUUCACUUCAAGAUCCUGAAAUCGUACUAACGGCUUCAAAGAGAUGGACGGACAUAUUCAAGAAGAAAAAUCAGAGUGAUAUCGGAGAAAACAAAGAGAAAGACAAGAAAAAAGAUAAAAGGAAAGGUACCGGCGCCGGCGCCGGCGGUGUUCCGGCAGAGUUGAAUAUAAACAUAUGGCCUUUCUCCAGGAGUAGAUCCGCCGGAAACAAUGGAAAUAAACCGAAAAUGGGAUCCGGAUCAUCUGUGACCCGUAAGGUUAGUAGUGCUCCUUGUUCUCGGAGCAACUCUCGGGGCGAAUCUAAGUCCAGAAAAUGGCCCAAUAGCCCGACCCGAUCUGGUGUUCAUUUGGGUCGGAGCAGCCCGGUUUGGCAAAUCCGACGAGUAUCCGUCGGAAAAAUGGGACCUGAUUUUCGUAGAUCGGAUAAUGGGGAUCGGAAAGAAGAGAAAGAUGUUCGCCGGAAAAAGGUGACGACAGCAAAUUCCGAUGGAAAUGGAAUUAAAAAUAGGGUUUUGAAUAUAAAUGUUCCGACUUGUAUGAGUUACCGGCAACAUUUAAGUUGUAGAAGUGUUGAGAGUAGUGCCGUGAAUUUAACCGUCGUCGGCGCCGGUGCCGGCGCCGGCGGUGGUUCUGAUGAUUCUAGCGGCGGCGGAGGAUCGACUGACGGCGGGAGAAGUAAUAUGUUUAAUCUGCGUAAUCUCUUUAUUAGGAAAGUAUAUUAAAUAAGGAAUAUAAUAUUUUUAUGUAGUCCUUAUAUUAAUUAAUUUUAUUAUUUUGAUUUGUUUUAAAUGGUUUGUAAACAAUGUUAAUAGUUAAAUAGAUGUUAUAUCUGAA